CUCGAGCCAGACGCCCAGACGGCAAAGACGGUGCCGACUGUGCGAGCAUCAAACUGCUGAAUUUGCGUUAGAUUUUGAAGAUUUAAGCAAGCAGAGUAGAAAAAGCCGGCAGCCUUCUUUGCUUUACCAGUUUAUUACAUACAUAAUAUCGCAUUUAUCUAAAAAGAUUAAGUAGAAAUCUCUUUUGAAUCGAAAGUUUUGCCCAAUUUUUAGGAUGGAAAUCACUCGGCUGUCGCGGAGACUGUUUUCAACAGCCUCAGUGCUGCGAAAUGCUGCUGAAACAAAUAGAAAAGUUAAAACGGGAGUCUUGAUGAUCAACAUGGGUGGCCCUGAGAAGCUGGACCAAGUCCACGACUACCUUUUGGGCAUCAUGACUGACCGGGACAUGAUCCAGCUGCCCGUGCAGAGCAAGCUUGGUCCGUGGAUUGCCAAGCGACGCACUCCCGAGGUGCAGAAGAAAUACAGUGAAAUCGGCGGCGGCUCUCCCAUUCUCAAGUGGACAAACCGGCAAGGGGAAUUGAUGUGCAAAAAGCUGAACGAAGUGUCCAAGGAGACGGGGCCGCACAAGCACUACGUGGCCUUUCGAUAUGUCACUCCAUUCAUUGACGAUGCCAUUGAAGCCAUGAAAAAAGACGGGGUGGAGCACGUGGUUGCCUUCUCGCAGUAUCCGCAGUACAGCUGUGCCACCUCCGGCUCCAGCUUCAACGCUAUUUUUGACUACGCUGCCAAAAACAAGGGCAUCGCUGAGAGCAUGAAGUGGAGCGUGAUCGACAGAUGGUCCACGAAUCCUCUAUUGGCCAAGGUUUUCGCUGAUCGAAUCCGCACCGAGUUGAAUCAAAUCCCUGAGGAUGUGCGACAUGACACCAUCAUUCUUUUUUCUGCGCACUCCCUACCUCUAAAGGCUGUGCAGCGAGGCGAUCCGUACCCAUCAGAAGUCGGUUCGACCGUCCAAAUGGUCAUGAACGAACUGAACCACUGCAAUCCCUUCAACCUGGUUUGGCAGUCAAAGGUUGGGCCUCUCCCAUGGCUUGGACCAUUCACAGAUGAGGCCUUGGAAGCAUAUGUGAAGAAGGGAAAGAAGAACUUCAUAUUGGUGCCCAUUGCCUUCGUCAAUGAGCACAUUGAAACGUUGCACGAGCUGGAUAUCGAGUAUUGCCACGACUUAGGAAAAAAGCUCGGGGUGCAGAAUCUUCGCAGGGCGGCUGCUCCCAACGACCACCCACUGUUCAUAGACGCUCUUACAGACUUGGUUCAGCAGCGGCUCAAGUCAACUGCUCCAGGUGUGUCGCCCAAAUUCCUGACAAGGUGCCCUCACUGCGUCAACGCACGGUGUGGCCAAACCAAAAAAUGGUUUGCAGAGCUGUGCGGUGCAAGAAUUUAGUUAAUUAUAAGGGGAAGAGAUACUUCGUAGUUAAGUAAAGUUGUUGUCAUGAGAGUCGAAAAUGUUCUCUAUUUGGUGGUUUGUGAUUUAAUCUUAUUCUAGGGCAUGUCUCUUUUUUAUUUAUACAAAAUUAUUAAUAUUUUCAUUUAUUUCUGUCCUGCACAAUGCGCAAUAAAUUAUUUGAUUUUGCUACAAUUAA